AAUUACAGGAAUGAAGGAUAUCGAGCCUUUUAUAAAGGAUUAACACCAAGCUUAAUCAGAGUGGUUCCUCAAACAUCAAUUACAUUAUUAACUUACGAAAACACAAUUAGAUUCCUGAAGAAGCAAAAAAAUGAAUCAUAUCAAUCCAAGAAUUCAUUGUUUUGAAUUAACCAUCAUCAUCAUCAUCAUUACUGUCAUCAUUUAAAUUGUCAUCCAUUGAUCUCAUUUCCCCUUUUCAUUGACAAUUGAACGUUAAUUGUUGAUCAACAAAAACAAAAGGAGAAACGAUCAACAGCCACACACAAUUAACGCAAAAGAUUUAAGCAUAAAUCAAAGUGAUUUGAUUAACCAUCAAUAGAUGAACAUUUUUUUAUUCACCAAUUUGCAAUUUAUUGUUCCCAAAUGUUACUACUCAUCAUAUCAUCUAAUUAAUCAAUUGCUGGUCCAAAUUGUUAUCAAGCUGAAAUUCAUUUUAUAUCAUCGAUAAUCAAUCAAUAUCAACAAAUCAAUUCGAAACCAAAGGUUGUGACAAAUGACGGUUAAUUUGGCCGGAGUUUUUUCCGUUGUGAUAUUUUACAUUCUAAUCUUAGCUGUUGGUAUUUGGGCUGGAAGGAAGAAAUCACCUGAUGGCGUCGAAACGGAAACGGAAGAGGUUAUGUUGGCAGGUCGGAACAUUGGCCUAUUCGUCGGUAUAUUCACCAUGACAGCUACUUGGGUUGGAGGAGGUUAUAUUAAUGGAACCGCUGAAGCGAUGUAUGCCCAUGGACUGAUCUGGUCAAUUUUUUUAUGUGUAAAUGAAAGCACAACAACUAAAUAAAUAAUGCAAAUUUGAUUUACUUUCCGUUGGCCAAGAAAUUUAUUUGGUUUCACUCCCAAAAAAUGGAAAUAAUCACCUUUACAAAAGUUCGAAGUUAAUGGUUGCCGUCCGUCAAAGAUUAUUCUCUAGCCU